AUGUUCUGGGACGGAAGCUCCCAGGUUGGGACUUGCCUGAUUUCCGCUGAAACCGUUAACGGCAGGGAUAGUGAUUACAAGCACAGCUUUCGGGGCAUGGUUAGAGGUACGAAUACUCAUGACGAAAUCGUGGAACCUCUCUGCCUUAUCUUGGUCAACACGGCUCUCAUUUGCUAUCGUCCCUUGGACCGAACCGAGAUGGGCCUUGGCUUUCAUCCGUUGCUAUACCCGUUGCAGAGCCACGCUUCUUCAGUCAGCACUGUCCUCAGGGUAUCAGAAAACCUGACCGCCAAGAGCAUAAGCGAUGAAAUUAGUAGUUCAUAUUAUGCCGCUUAG